CUUUGAUCAUUAUGCAAACUGCAAACGCCAUGACACCAUAACAGAGAGUACCGCGUGAAACCCCAGAAUAGAAUGAAACUCUGAAACACGUCUUUCUUUCUUUUCUUUUUUUCUUUUCAGUUUUUGCCGAUUACUUUUUGACCCACACGGAGUGUAGUAAAAGAAUGGCGGCGAUAUCGCCGGAGUUGGUGGCGGUGAUGGCACGGUGGCAGCAAAAGACGGUCUCGUUGAUGAACUCGUCCAGAGUUGCUGCCGUGGCGGAGCGGUUGGUCUGGCUCUUGCAUUCUGCCCGUAAGAACAGUACCAAGGAGAUUCAAAAUCUCUGCCUCUCACUCGCCAGAGGCAUUGAUUAUGCACUUGCAAACAAUGAGAUACCAGAUAAAGCUCAAGAGUUACCUCGCUUAUUAAAACAGAUAUGUCAACUUAAAAAUGAUCUGUCAGUAGUAGCUGGUGUCAUGGUGCUGAUGAUUUCGGUUAAGAAUGCAUGUAAGAUUGGAUGGUUUUCAGAGAUGGAAUCUCAAGAACUUCUUACUCUUGUGAAUGAGAUAGGGAGCAGCUUCUGCAGUAUAAAAGAUGUUCAAACUGGGCCAAGCGAUUUUCAUUCCAUCAUUUCAAUGAUUAUGGGCAGGUUCUAUCCAUUAAUGAAGAUUGGCCAAGUAUUGGCUUCUCUUGAAGUUAAGCCUGGAUAUGAAGCAUAUGCAGUUGAUUUCAACAUACCAAAGACCAUAAGUCAUUCUCCAGAAGAGAAAAUACGUUUACUUGUAGCACAAACAGACAAUUCAGAAACAUUUGCUUGUACCAUAAGUCCUCAAAAAGUAAACUUUCUUUUAAAUGGAAAGGGAGUAGAAAGAAGAAGUGGUAUUUCAGUGGACACUGGACCACAAAUUCCAACAAAUGUUACCGGAAUGCUUCAAUAUGGAGCAAACCUUCUUCAAGCUGUGGGCCAGUUCAAUGGUAAUUUUAUCGUAGUUCUUGCCUUCAUGAGCAUCUCGUCAUUACCUGAAGCCCCUGUGCUUGAAGAUUAUGUUCAGUCUGAAACUCCUAUGACUGAUUCAGAAAAUGACAUCAUUGAGGGGCCAUCACGAAUAUCCCUUAAGUGUCCUAUAAGCUUCAGGCGUGUUGCAAUUCCUGUCAAAGGCUAUAGAUGCAAACAUCUUCAGUGUUUUGAUUUCAGUAAUUAUGUCAUUAUAAAUUCAAGAAGACCAUCAUGGAGGUGCCCACAUUGUAAUCAGCCUGUCUGCUACACCGAAUUACGUAUUGAUCAAAAUAUGGUCAAGGUCCUGAGAGAGGUAGGAGAGGAAGUUACUGACAUAAUUAUCUCUGCUGAUGGGUCUUGGAAAGCUGUUCUUGAAAGAGAUGAUAAUGAAGAUGUGGCACAUGAUACGGAACUUCAUCUCAAUGAAAAAGCAGAGCUUCAAGAGUCUACUCCAGGUCCUAUUUUUCUGGAUCUCACAGAAGAUGAUGAUAAGGUGGACACUCUGGGCUCUUAUGAAAAUGAAGACAGGAAAGUUGUCCCGGCUGAUCUUCGAAAUCCAUCAGUCUGUACAAAUUUCACAACACAGCCAGAUGUAAACGAUAUGAAUAUUUCUAGCCAAAAUGCUACUGCUCAAAUUGAGGAUGAAUUUUGGUCUGGUGUUUACCUUAGUAAUUUAUCUGUCCCCUCCUAUGUAAGCUCAGGCGCAGAAAUCAGAAUUAGUACAUCUGAGUCCACUUCUGCAGACUUUCUGAUGUCUCCUGUCCUAACUGAUGCCAUUUCUCCUGCUUUUAAUCAAAGAGCUGAGAGACAUGUAAAUAUCAACCCGACAACCUCAGCCUUGCAAAGUCAAUUUUCAGCUCCCACUAACUUGCAGUUGCAACAGGCGCAGUUUGUCAACUCAACUACUUUGCAAAGUGAAUAUGGCCGGUCAGCUGCCAUACCUAGUAAUCAAAAUGAAUAUGGGCGGUCUGCUUCCGUGCCUAGAAAUAUAACAAGGACUCCAGUGGCAGUUCAGGCCCUGCCAGCCCUGUCCCAGACUAAUGCUCCACAACAAAGAGCAAGAAGCGGCUACAGUGCGCAAUCGCUUGCUUCUCAAGCAUCCCUACCAGUGGCACCUAGUGCAAAUAAUUACAGACUGAUAUCGGAUGGAGCUCCAUCUUUAUUGCAUCAACAUACUGCAGCACAGAAUGUGAGUCUUCAAGACUGCACUUUCAUCCCCGGUCAAUCAGUUCAACAGAAUGCUGGCAUCCAAGCUUCAAAUCCAUUCCCAUGUGCUUACAGACGUUCCACUGAAUUCCAGAAUCCUCAUCUUCAGCAAGCUCUGAAUCCGAGGAGCCAGUCCCCAUUCUUAAGACCAGUGACUUCAUACCCAAUCAAUCAGGAUGGGGCUAGGGCAUCAACAGCAGAGCAGUGGGGAAGCAUUGGAGGAACGUUGCGCCCAGUUUCAAGAGCUGAUGGUUUGGUGGAUUUACCAUCGGAACAGAAUUGGCGGCCUGUGGGUCGAAUGCGUGGAAGCCUCUCAGGACAGGCAUAUUCUGCUGCUCUUAGCCAGUACUUGAAUCUGCCAACCCAAUCAGCUCAAGUUGGGAUGCUGCCAAAUCUUUCAUUGCCAUCGUCUAGUGUUCCCGCUCACUUUCAGGCUUUUUUCGCUAAUAGGAGUGUUCCGCCCAGCCUUCAAAAUCAAAACUCAUCGAGGACUGGAGCUGCUGGUACAAGUGGGGUCUCUGGUUAUCCGCCUGCACAUUCCAUGUGGAUGAAUUGACAUCGACUUAUGCUGAUUACUGGAAGUAAAUAUGAAGCUGUAUAUAUCUAUAUAACGAAUGGCCAAUUUUGUAUCAAUGGUCUCUUUGUGCACAAAAAGGUAGUUUAUCUCAGUUCACCCUAGGAUUUUUCUAAUGAUUAGAAUAGGUGGUUUAUACACAAAUUUGAACUUGGUUGCUUACCUAUGGUGUUUUGGAACCUGGAGGGCAAUACUAGCCCUUGGUACAGCGGUAGUGUUUAAAUGAUAUGACACCUAUGUUGGGCUUUUGCAC